GCAGAUCACCACCAUCACCGCUGCAUGUAUUACAAAGGAUUGGUCCAUCUGCCUUUCUUGACCUUCUUUGCAGGACAAGAUUCCCCAUCAACUACUGUAUGCGGGAAUCCUUCGUCACUAUCAGUAUCCAUGUAUCCGAGUGGAUCAUAUUGGCUCACUGAGCAACCUAAAGCGAAUCACCAUCCGAUUUGAACGGACGGUGUGGUUAAUUGCAGGCUAUCUCUGGUUCACUUUCGGCGAUACCAUGGAUUGAAGCAAGUCAACCGAUCUCCGAUUAAGAUUUUGAAGGCUUCCGCCAGUUCCGCCCACUGUGGUGGCUCUUUCGGCCCCAUUGGCCCGCCCUUCCCAAUGAUCUGCUUCGGAAUUUUGCUCGCUGAUGCUUGAGAGGCUUAGUAGGGCUGUUGGCGAAAAAAUCGAAAAAGGGAAUAUGAGGCAAAAAAUCAGUUCCCUCGAAUCUUGGCAUGCCAGUGCUUGCGGUCGGUUCUUAAACCCCCUGGCCCACGGUUAUUGUUCUCCGCCAGAUUGCGUUGCAUUGUUUUUCAGACCGUAGCGGCUGUCGGUUUCUUGAUCAUGUCUUUGCCGCUGUCCAAUGAUGUCCUCCUCCUGGUUGGGGAGUACCUGGAAGACCACCAAGACCGAUAUAAUCUUGUCUUUGUAUGUCGACGCUUCCAUGAUCUCUUCCUGCGUCUAGUCUAUAGAUCUGCGACGCUCAAGAGUUGUGCGCAAACCCGAUCUUUUUUACAUGCCAUUCUCCGUAAGCCCGAGCUGGCUCGGUCAGUGCAGAGUGUGCACUUUGAUGAUUGGCAACAACAUCAUUCCUUCUCUUCUACCUCCUCGUCCGAGCAGGAUAUGACAUCAUUGAAUAAUUGGGCUGAGACUAUUAGCCAUUCUCAUGAGGAAUAUGUCAAAUGGGAGCAGGAUCUUCGCCAAGGCGUCGAGGAGGCCUGGAUAGCACUCCUUUUACCCUUGGUGAACAAUCUUAGACAGCUUCGAUUGGUGUAUCCGAAGAAAAACGUAUACCUCGAUCGAAUGCUGCAGAGGGUCACGAAGGGCGAGAAACCCUUUGAUGCGCAGCCCGCAUUCAGCAUGUUGCAAGAGGUAUCUCUCAGCCAUCAAGAUUCCGAGGAGGAUACCAAAGGCAGCUAUAUGCCAUCGCAGGUCUUGCCAUUUUUCCAAUUGCCAUCAAUGCGGACGUUUUCAGCGGAUUCGGUGAUUGAGUCUAGCCCCCCGCAAGACGAUGAGCACAUAUCAACACCUAAGGCCCCGGUGGCCAGGUCCUCUCUGAUCUCGGAGAUUACUCUCAAUUCCAGCAAUGGUUCUCAAGGAAUGGAGAACUUAAUUGCUUCAUGCUCCUCACUUAAGUCUUUCAAGUAUCAGCACUCUGAUUCACACUUGCUUGCAGAGGGCUUCCAACCAUCCGCGUUUUACCGGUCGCUGGCAGGCAGUAAGAACAGCCUACAUACUCUUUGGCUCGAUAAUUACGGGAACCAUCUACCAUUUACUAUUGCCGGAGUCAAUGAAACCCACGAUGAAUGGUUCGGCAGCUUGGCAGAUUUUAUCGCGUUGGAAGACAUCCGAAUUCGCCUACCCAAUCUGCUCGAUAUCCGAUACCAACCUGAGCCCUCCACUGUACUUACCGAUAUUUUGCCGCCGUCGGUAAAGUCUCUUUACGUUGAAGGUUGUAAAGAGAACACCCUGGGAAUGUUGAUUGGGCAGCUGAAAAUGGUGCUCAACAAGCGACAGACCCGCUUCUCUGGAUUGCGACGCUUAGAUAUUGAAGGUUUCUUCCAUGACGAGGAAGAUGAAGACGCCUCGGGAUACCAGGAGAGCGCGGCUACUACCGGGGGCCAGAAGACCAUCAAGCCACGAGUAUACGAGAUGGCUGAGCCACUCCAGGCGGCCUGCGCUGAGGCUGGGAUUGAAUUGUUCCUCCGCGACCGUGUGAUUUCAUAAUGGCCUCGACGCAUUUGCAUCUUAUUUAUAGACGAUAGAUCGUGUUUUUCUUUUGUUUGUUUGUUUGUUUGCGUAAUACCCGAUAGAUAUGAUAGACAUGCU